AUGGCCAGCAUAGCAAAUCUGCAGCGGAUCACCGCCAAGGAUCUCUCGGAGUUGAUUCUGGCCGAGGCCGGCUCUCAGGACCCGAGCUACGCAAUUGUAGAUGUUCGAGAUGAUGAUCACAUCGGAGGCCACAUCAAGGGCUCUAUAAAUAUUCCGUCGCGAACUUUGGAAGCCAUGAUCCCCACUCUUCUACGCAAGCUCGAGUCGAAGCAGACCGUCGUGUUUCACUGCGCGCUCUCUCAGCAGCGUGGCCCUUCGGCGGCUCUCCGAUACCUCCGUGAAACCGAAGUGUCUAGACCGGGGGUCCCGCCAUCGUCGUCUGAGACCGAGGUCGAGGCAGCAGCGGAAGGGGCGAUCGAGAAGGCGAAGCAGGAGGGCCAGACGGUCUACGUCCUUGAUCAGGGGUUCGUAGGCUGGCAGGAGCUCUAUGGAGAAGACGAUCGGUUGACUUCAGGAUACCGAAAAGAGUUGUGGAAGAAUGGGUACUGGGGUUGA